AUGCGCUUGACGCCGCGAUCUCCCUUUUCCACCACCCCUUCGAAGCUAAGGCAACAUUCCUUGAAGAUGCGUGUCAAUAACGUCGUCAAGGUUGUCACAGCCAUCACGUGCGCAUUGGCUGGCGUCGUUGACGCCGUCCAAGUCAAUCCGCUCCCAGCCCCCGUAUCCAUCAAAUGGGGCACCUCGGGCCCGAAGCAGGUCGCUGGGUAUCUGGUCGUCCAGGCUCCGUACCACCAGCUGGUCAACGACGCCUGGAACAGGGCGUUUAACACCAUUGCCUCUUUGAAAUGGGUACCACAGGCCACGGAAGCGCCAAUCCCCACGUUCGAUCCGUUUCCCACUGAGCCACCCGCAGCUACACCCGCAGCUACACCCGCAGCUAGUCCUACCAGUAAUGCAACUCAGGUGUCGACUAAUAAAUCGAAACGCCACGGUUCCCCGCUCCUCAUUGAAGUAAAACUUGACAUCAAGGAUUACAAGGCGGAUCUUCAGCACGGCGUUGAUGAAUCCUACACGCUAGACAUCACGGCAAGCUCACCGGCCAUCGACAUCACUGCCAAGACCGUCUGGGGCGCCCUCCAUGCCUUUACGACGCUCCAGCAGAUUAUCAUCUCCGAUGGUCGCGGCGGGCUCAUGGUCGAGCAGCCCGUGUCCAUCAAGGACGCGCCCAUCUACCCGUACCGCGGAGUCAUGAUUGACACGGGGCGGAACUUCAUCAGCCUGAAGAAGAUCUUCGAGCAGAUCGAUGGCAUGGCCCUCGCGAAACUCAAUGUCUUGCACUGGCACAUCGACGACGACCAAUCCUGGCCGCUGAAGGUGAAGGUCUUCCCGGAGAUGACCAAGGACGCAUACUCGGCGCGCGAGACGUACUCGCACGACGACGUCCGGGACAUCAUCGCGUACGCCCGCGCCCGCGGCGUUCGCGUCAUCCCCGAGAUUGACAUGCCCGGCCACUCGUCUGCUGGGUGGAAGCAGGUCGACCCGGACAUUGUCGCCUGCGAGAACUCGUGGUGGUCCAACGACAAUUGGCCGCUCCACACAGCCGUGCAGCCAAACCCGGGUCAGCUGGAGAUCCUCAACGACAAGACCUACGAGGUGGUCGGGAAGGUGUACCAGGAGCUCUCGGGCCUCUUCACCGACGACUUCUUCCACGUCGGGGGCGACGAGCUGCAGACAGGCUGCUACAACCUCAGCACCAUCACCCAGGAGUGGUUCGCGGCCAACUCGUCGCGGACAUACGACGACCUCGUCCAGUACUGGAUGGACCAUGCCCUGCCCAUCUUCCAGAAGCCCAAGAACCGCCGCCUGAUGAUGUGGGAGGACGUCGCCAUCAACGACCCGCACGCCCACCACGUCCCCAAGGACGUCGUGAUGCAGAGCUGGAACCUGGGGCUCGCCAACAUCAAGAAGCUGACCUCGUCGGGCUACGACGUCGUGGUCUCCUCGUCCGACUGGUUCUACCUCGACUGCGGCGUCGGCGGCUACGUGACCAACGACCCGCGUUACAACGAGAACGCCAACCCGGACCCGGACACGCCCAGCUUCAACUUCGGCGGCACCGGCGGAUCCUGGUGCGCCCCCUACAAGACAUGGCAGCGCAUCUACGACUACGACUUCACCACCAACUUGACCGAGGCCGAGGCCCGCCACGUCAUCGGCGUCACCGCGCCGCUGUGGUCCGAGCAGGUCGACGACACGUGCGUGUCGUCCAAGAUGUGGCCGCGCGCCGCGGCGUUGGCGGAGCUAGCUUGGUCGGGGAAUAGGGAUGCCCAGGGGAACAAGCGGACCACGCUGAUGACGCAGCGGAUCCUUAACUUUAGGGAGUAUCUGGUCGCGGUGGGCGUUCAGGCUGCGCCGUUGGUGCCGAAGUACUGCUUGCAGCACCCGCAUGCGUGCGAUUUGUACUAUAACCAGAGUGCGGUCGUGUGAUAGCGCUUGUUUUGGGGGGGGGGGGGGAAUGUCUCAUUUAAGCCUUAAAGCCAGCUCUUCUAGCCAAAAUUAGAAGUCUGAAGUACCCACGAUUUAAUAGCAUAUAGCCUGUAGUAAAUGCUCUUGUGCACUACUGGCGUUUUGGUUUGGUAUCGGUAAUGCUUUGUGAGAAGGAGCGAAACAGCUGGUGGCUAGACUCACUUCAGAG